AUGGAAUCCACGGCAACGUCAGGUCCCACUAACCAAUCCUCUGCCAUUCCUGCAACCACCACUCCUAACACCUCACCAGUCAAUGACAGCGCCGUUACCACGGGAACGAUGAACAGCACAACUCCCGUUAGUAACAGUACCCCGCAGUCUCCUGACACUGGAAGUACUCCCGUUAGUAACAGUACCACUCAGUCUCCUGACACCAACAGUACUCCCGUUACUAACAGUACCACUCAGUCUCCUGACACUGGAAGUACUCCCGUUAGUAACAGUACCACUCAGUCUUCUGACACUGGAAGUACUCCCGUUACUAACAGUACCACUCAGUCUCCUGACACUGGAAGUACUCCCGUUAGUAACAGUACCACUCAGUCUUCUGACACUGGAAGUACUCCUGUUACUAACAGUACCACUCAGUCUCCUGACACCAACAGUACUCCCGUUACUAACAGUACCACUCAGUCUCCAGACACCAACAGUACUCCCGUUAGUAACAGUACCACUCAGUCUCCUGACACCAACAGUACUCCCGUUAGUAACAGUACCACUCAGUCUCCAGACACCAACAGUACUCCCGUUAGUAACAGUACCACUCAGUCUCCAGACACCAACAGUACUCCCGUUAGUAACAGUACCACUCAGUCUCCUGACACCAACAGUACUCCCGUUAGUAACAGUACCACUCAGUCUCCAGACACCAACAGUACUCCCGUUACUAACAGUACCACUCAGUCUCCUGACACUGGAAGUACUCCUGUUACUAACAGUACCACUCAGUCUCCUGACACUGGAAGUACUCCCAUUAGUAACAGUACCACUCAGUCUCCUGACACCAACAGUACUCCCGUUACUAACAGUACCACUCAGUCUCCUGACACUGGAAGUACUCCUGUUACUAACAGUACCACUCAGUCUCCUGACACUGGAAGUACUCCCGUUACUAACAGUACCACUCAGUCUCCUGACUCUGGAAGUACUCCCGUUACUAACAGUACCACUCAGUCUCCUGACACUGGAAGUACUCCCAUUAGUAACAGUACCACUCAGUCUCCUGACACUGGAAGUACUCCCGUUACUAACAGUACCACUCAGUCUCCUGACUCUGGAAGUACUCCCGUUACUAACAGUACCACUCAGUCUCCUGACACUGGAAGUACUCCCAUUAGUAACAGUACCACUCAGUCUCCUGACACCAACAGUACUCCCGUUACUAACAGUACCACUCAGUCUCCUGACACUGGAAGUACUCCCAUUGGUAACAGUACCACUCAGUCUCCUGACACUGGAAGUACUCCCAUUGGUAACAGUACCACUCAGUCUCCUGACACUGGAAGUACUCCCGUUAGUAACAGUACCACUCAGUCUCCUGACACUGGAAGUACUCCCGUUACUAACAGUACCACUCAGUCUCCUGACACCAACAGUACUCCCCAUACUAACAGUACCACUCAGUCUCCUGACACCAACAGUACUCCCGUUAUUAACAGUACCACUCAGUCUCCAGACACCAACAGUACUCCCGUUACUAACAGUACCACUCAGUCUCCAGGCACCAACAGUACUCCCCAUACUAACAGUGCCACUCAGUCUCCUGACACCAACAGUACUCCCCAUACUAACAGUACCACUCAGUCUCCAGACACCAACAGUACUCCCCAUACUAACAGUACCACUCAGUCUCCAGGCACAAUUACUAGCAAACCCCCUAGCAUUAGUAGUGAUCCCACAACAGCCACCCGAUCUCCCUCCAAUACGUCACUCUCCACCCCACCUGUCUUUAUAACGUAUGUAGAGAUCCACAUCUCCAACAAGGAUUACAGCACGUAUCUCACCGAUGCCAACUCGCCUGAGUUCAAGAAUCUUGUGGAACAGAUUAAAGUCAUGUUUGACCAAGUGUUUAAUUGCAGCACCUGUGGGACCCGAAACAUUUACCAGGGAGUGGUGAUCCUGCUAUUCCGACAAGGAUCUGUGAUUGCUGAUACCAAACUCCUCUUCGCUGAGCAGCAAACACCAUCCGAGGUGCAGCACGCUAUAACCGCUAAACUAUCUGAAAAUAACAAUGUCAUCAAUGGACUGAAAGUAACAGAGGCGAAAGCUAGCAAUUCACCGAUAACAUCUGCCACUGCAACUGUACCUGGGUGGGGAAUAGCACUUCUAGUCUUGAUGUCUGUCAUUGUUCUCCUGGCCAUCAUUUUCAUCAUUGUCAUGGCAACCAUGAUGUGCCGUCGGAGAAACCGUGGUUACAUGGAUGUCUUCACAACACGGGGCUCGUACCACUCCAUGAAUGACUAUACCUCCUAUCAAACUCAUGGACGCUACAUUGCCCCAAACAAGCAAGGUCCACACAAUGAGGCGUCAGGAAAUGGAACCAAAAGUCAGUUCUCCUACACCAACCAAGGUCUGGAGACCAACAACUUGUGAAUGCGAUAAUAAAUACCCGGGGGGGGUGACAAGACCGGAAAUCCCCCCAUCUGAACGAACUUGUAAUGCGGAUAUAACUAAGUGUCACUCAAAGCUAAGAUGUCUUCCCAUGGAAUCCAAGGACACGUUCUUCAUCCUGGUGCCGAAGGCUUUUCAGCGA